GUAUAUCCUAAAGGCACCAGGUCUGAUCUUGGAAGCUGAGCAGGGUCAGCCUUAGUUAGUCCUUGGAUGGGGGACAAGGAAUCCCAGGUACUAGAGGCUCUUUGCAGAAGAAGGAACUGGCAAAACCAUUGUUUGAGUUUUCCUUAAGAAAAUACUAAGAAAUGCAUGGGGUCUCCCUAAGAAGUUGACAGGCGACUUGAAGGCAGGCCACACAGACUGGAGCGCGAUUGCAUCUUUGGUACGGAAGGCGAUGAUACCUUGAUGCGUGAUUGCAUCCUCACCAGCUGCAGAGGCGCUUGGAGGAAGAGGAAGACUUGGGCUGCCACCCACCGAGGGAAUGAUGCCUGAAGAUGAUGCUAGCUGCCGGGACUGCAAGAAUAUUUCUGUGUGUCCAGAAAACAUGGCGGAGGCUCCAUCUGGCUCCGGGAAGGUGACCCUUUUCAGCCAGAAGCAACGAGGGGGCCUCACCUACCGCAUCCCAGCCUUGCUCUACCUGCCCUACGAGGCCACCUUCCUGGCCUUUGCGGAGGAACGCUCCUCGCCCAGAGACGAAGACGCCAAGUUCCUGGUGAUGAGGCGAGGGAAGAAGGAAGGAACCUCUGUCCAGUGGGGUCCUCAGGAGUCUCUGUUGGCAGCCACUUUGCCCAAAUACCGCACCAUGAACCCUUGCCCAGUCUAUGAGGAGAAGAGCGGCACCGUUUUCCUGUUCUUCAUCUGUGUGCGAGACCACGUCACGGCAAAACACCAGAUCUUAACAGGGAGAAAUGCCGCCAGGUUGUGUUACAUCUCGAGCCAAGAUGGUGGCCACAACUGGAGCCAAGCCACUGACCUGACAGAGAAAGCGAUGGAGGGUGACUUGAAAAACUGGGCCACCUUUGCUGUUGGGCCGGGCCAUGGAGUACAGCUGAGCUCCGGGCGCUUAGUGGUCCCAGCCUACGUCUACUACAUCCACAAACCCUGCAUCUGGUGUUUCUCCCUUUGCUACACCAAACCCCAUUGCUUCGCUUUGUACAGUGAUGAUGGCGGGCAGAGCUGGACUCGGGGCAACCUCCUGGAGAACAUGCGGACGACCGAGUGCCAAGUCGCUGAGGUGACCUCUCAGGACAAUAUAGCAACACUGUAUAUCAAUGCCCGCAAUCCGUGUCGGGAGCAAUGCCGAGCUGAAGCCUUCAGCAAGGACUGCGGCCACCAGUUUGAGGAAUCCCUUCUGUGCCGGGAGUUGUGUGAACCACCCAAGGGAUGCCAAGGAAGCGUGGUGAGUUUUGCCCAACCGGUCGUGCCCUCGGACCUUGGCCAAAAGGAAGAAACGGAUGAAUCACUUCAACGGUUGGGUGCUCAUUCCUCACCCGCCAAGAGCACCCAGUCAUGGUUGGUUUUCUCCCACCCCACAAGCAGACACAAACGUGUGGACCUGGGCAUCUACUUGAAUAUGUCUCCAUUGGAGAAAGGCUCCUGGAAAGCCCCAUGGGUGCUGAACGAAGGGCCCAGUGGCUACUCAGACCUGGCUGUGUGUACAGAAGGGAAGUCCAUGCUCUUUGGUUGCUUGUUUGAAUGUGGGGUGUCCUCAUCCUGUGAACAGAUCGCCUUCCAAUUGUUCUCUGAUGCCGAACUCCUGAGGAAUGUGAGGGAAGCCUGCUCUUGGACUGAUCCCCCCUCAGAAGUACAUCAGCCUUAAACCACUCAAGGAUAUGAAGUCGAAGGCUUUCACGGCUGGCAUCUAUUGUUUUUUGUGGAUUUUGGGGUCUAUGAGGCUGUUAUCUAGAACAUGGCCUCAUGGUCCAAAAAAUCCACAAAAAACACUCAAGGAUAGUUACCAUCCCAGGAUCAGGACCAACACUCAAAUGGUGUCCAUUAAAAAUACUCAUGCACAUAACAUGUAGUUAUGGUGUGGCAUUGACUUCCACAAGUGGUUACCCAUGGCCACCAGUGCGAAUGACUGCCAGUGGAGACUAGUCAUGUUGGCUAUAGAUUAGUCCAGUACCAGAGGCAAGUAUAUUCUGGUACACCAAUGCCUCUGUACCCCAGUUUGUGGGGAAAUAUGAGCAGGAGGGUACUACAGUGAUCAUUUACUGUUCAUGGGUUACCUUUAUUAUCUGUUUUCCUUUUGUGGGAACAGAAAGCUAUGCCCUUCUUAUGUGUGCCCAGAUAUGUAAUUGCUUCAGCAACAACAACACAACAAAAAGUGUUGUCAAGGGGCCUACUUAGGAAGGGACGUCCUUUCCGGACACCCCCAACCCUAGUACGUGCCAAGCAUGUACAAAAUGGCGGUGCCCAUUCUACAUGGGCGCCGCCAUUUUGACAUAGUGGACAUUU